AUGGCUGUGGAGCCUCAAAACAUAAUUGAAUUCAUUCUUUGCUUUUGUUUACCACCGUUGGCUGUAUUUGUUCAUACAACGUACUGUCGAAUUCACGUUCUCAUUUGUUCACUGCUGUGUCUUCUCGCAUGGUUUCCAGCCUCGGCGUAUGCACUCUGGUUUUGCUUUAUCAGAAAGGCGCCACCUGAGGAAGCUGCAGCACAAUGA